AUGUCUUCAUCAGGAAUCCAAGUCCGCACCACUGUCGCUGUUCAGAACACAGCUUUUCAUCUAGUCGGCUGCAGCGCAUACACGGCCAUCAUAUUUAAAUCUCUGACAUGCUGCAUGAAACACACCCCGCAAUACCUUGUCCUCGUUGGACCGAUCAUGAUCUGGCUCUUUAUCUUGACCCUUUAUCAAACUUAUCAGGGAUUUAAAGAGGUCAUCGAGGAAUGGAAGAGCGACGGGGCUAUGGGAAAGUCUGGACAGGGACUCAAGCAGGGCACUAAUCAAGCUACCGGAAAGUCGAAGAGAAAGAAUCAUCGUGGUGGAGUUAAGGCCAAAAAGGCGAAGGGCAAGCGAGAGGACACCGGAAGCUCGAACUCUGAUGAGAACUAA